GUUACGUCUCGUACUCAAGCGGUGCGGUGCAGUUUUGGGCUGCCCCUCCGAAAACUAUCCGUCUUUCUCUCUCCUCUCCCGUCAUCAUCGUCUUCGUCGGUCUUACCGUUCGGAUCUCCGACCAUUUACCCCUCUAUAUCCUUCCCUCUCCUCAUCCCUUAUUAUUCAUCAGGGAAAAAAAAUUCCAAAAAAACAAAAAAGAAAAAUCGGUAAAUUUUUUUUUUUCCAGCGAAAACCCUUCACUAUAUUGCUACUGUGGGAGCCAGAGGGAGAGAGAUUUUAGUUCGAAAAUUCAUCUCUCCGGUUCUCUACGGCCUUUCGUCGGGCAACUGGUGUGGCUUUCUUUUUUAUUUCAGCGUAGAAGCAAGGCAGAGAGUUUUAUCAAUAACAAGAGGAGAGGGAAGAAAAAAGAAAAAAAGCAAAAAAUUCAGAAAAAGAAGUGCAAAAAAAGAAAGUCGAGGUUAAGGUUCGAUAAGGGUUUUUCUUGUUCGAGAUGGCACAGGUUCAAGUCCAGCCUCAGGCUCCUCUCUCUGGCCCAAAUGCAGCGGGCAACACUGGGGCGAACCCUUACGUUUCGACUUCUCUGUAUGUGGGAGACCUUGAGUUCAACGUGACGGACUCGCAGCUUUACGAUCUGUUUAGCCAGCUUGGUCCAGUCGUGUCGGUUCGCGUUUGUAGGGAUUUGAGUACACGACGGUCCCUUGGUUACGCUUAUGUUAACUACGGCUCCAACCAAGAUGCUGCAAGGGCAUUGGAUGUUCUUAACUUUACUCCUCUUAAUGGGAAGCCCAUUCGCAUUAUGUAUUCUCACCGUGACCCUAGUAUCCGUAAAAGUGGGACUGCUAAUAUAUUCAUUAAGAAUCUUGAUAAGGCAAUUGAUAACAAGGCACUACAGGAUACAUUUUCUGUGUUUGGAAACAUUUUGUCUUGCAAGAUAGCAACAGAUCCUUCUGGCCAGUCCAAAGGAUAUGGAUUUGUUCAGUUUGAUAAUGAGGAAUCAGCCCAAAAUGCUAUAGACAAACUUAAUGGCAUGCUGAUGAAUGAUAAACAAGUUUACGUUGGACCCUUUCUUCGUAAGCAGGAGAGAGAAUCCACAAUGAACAAGACAAAGUUUAAUAAUGUUUAUGUAAAGAAUCUCUCCGAGUCAACAACUGAAGAAGAUCUGAAGCAAAUUUUUGGUGAAUAUGGGGCAAUAACUAGUGUAGUAGUAAUGAGGGAUGCAGAUGGAAAAUCUAAGUGUUUCGGAUUCGUAAACUUUGAGAGUACAGAUGAUGCUGCUCUGGCUGUUGAGGCUCUUAAUGGAAAGAAAUUUGAUGAGAAGGAAUGGUAUGUUGGAAAAGCACAGAAAAAAUCUGAAAGAGAACAAGAACUAAAAGGACGAUUUGAUCAGACUAUAAAGGAGACAGUAGACAAAUAUCAAGGGGUGAACUUAUAUGUGAAGAAUCUAGAUGAUAGCAUUGGUGAUGAUAAGUUGAAUGAAUUGUUCUCUGAGUUUGGUUCAAUUACAUCAUGCAAGGUUAUGCGAGACCCUAAUGGGAUAAGUAGAGGUUCAGGAUUUGUCGCUUUCUCUACUCCUGAAGAAGCAUCGCGAGCGCUUGCUGAGAUGAAUGGCAAAAUGAUUGUAAGCAAACCUCUUUAUGUUGCUCUUGCACAAAGGAAGGAAGAUAGAAGAGCAAGAUUGCAGGCACAAUUUUCUCAAAUGAGGCCCGUUGCGAUGCCACCUUCUGUUACUCCUCGUGUGCCAAUUUACCCUCCUGGUGGUCCUGGUAUUGGCCAACAGAUAUUUUAUGGUCAGGGCCCCCCUGCUCUCAUUCCUCCUCAGCCUGGAUUUGGAUACCAGCAGCAACUUGUUCCUGGGAUGAGGCCUGGUGGCGCUCCCAUGGCAAAUUUCUUUGUUCCAAUGGUUCAGCAAGGUCAGCAGGGUCAACGGCCAGGGGGCAGACGUGCAGGGGCUGGACCAGUGCAACAAAACCAACAGCCAGUGCCUCUAAUGCAACAGCAGAUGCUUCCAAGGGGAGGACGAAUGUAUCGAUACCCGCCAGGACGUAACAUGCCUGACAUGCCCAUGCCUGGGGUUGCUGGUGGCAUGAUUUCUAUGCCAUAUGACAUGGGCGGCAUGCCAUUGAGAGAUGCUUCAAUGUCACAGCCUAUUCCUAUUAGUGCAUUGGCUUCUGCCCUGGCAAAUGCUACUCCUGAACAACAGAGGACGAUGCUGGGUGAAAGUCUGUACCCGCUAGUUGAUCAGCUUGAGCAUGAAAUGGCGGCUAAAGUGACGGGAAUGCUGCUGGAGAUGGACCAGACAGAGGUCUUGCACUUGCUUGAAUCGCCAGAAGCUCUGAAAGCUAAGGUUGCAGAGGCCAUGGAGGUUCUGAGGAACGUUCAGCAGCAGGCAAGCAGUCCAACUGACCAACUGGCCUCACUGUCACUGAAUGACAACCUUGUUCCCUGAGUGCAUGUGUUUUGAGUGUCGACAUACGAUUUGAUUAUGAGUGCUGGAUUUUUAAUAAACAAUCUUAAGGGUGUUUAUGAUA